GACUUUAUAAAUUCAUAACACUUUGAGUCCUUCUGUCAAGAUUCCGUCUGUUUGACCGUUUGGGCUAGGGGUAAGACCGUCCUUUUGCUCUAUUUCCCUUCUAAAAACCCCAAAUUAACUAUUAAAGCCCUAAUUCACUCCCGCCAAAACAAGAAGACAGUUGAGUGUGCGACAGAGAAACCAAAAGCGAUGGACUUCACAUGGCGUCUUCGUCCUCAAGGUGAAUACUACGAUCCUGAAGAUAUAUAUGGGGAUGAACCUAGAGUAUUUUCUGUAAAGAUUAACCAUGGAGGUGAGUUUACUGAUUAUCCAGGAAGGGAGUAUGUCAACGGUAAGGUUAGUUACAUUGACUGGGUUGAGUUUGAUAAGUUUAGUGUUGAUGUUCUUCGUGAAAUGCUGAAAGAUAUAGGUUACUCUGUAGAUGAUGUGUUCAAUUUUUUUGUUAAGGAUCCUAAUGUCUGUUUGGAUUUUGGUCUUAGACACUUUACUGAUGAUGAUGAGUUAGAUUAUGUGUAUGACCAACUUAGAAAAGGAUGCAAGUUAGUAGAUUUGUAUGUUGAAAUAGGAGAAUCUAGAAUCAAGGAUUCAACUGUAAUGAGCUUGGCUUUACUAGAUAAUGUGGGUGAAGAUAAUGUGGUUGAGGAUGAGUCAGAAAGUAGCGAGGCAGUUUCUGAGGGUGAGUCAGAAAGUAGUGAUAAAGAGAACAGUGAUGAAGAAGAUCCAGAUUACACAUUUGGUCAGGAACCAGAUAAUCCAGUGUUUGAUUAUGAAGUAGAUAUGAGUCAGUUCAAGGCAUGUGUUGACUUUGAUCCUGAUGAAGUCAAUGAGACAAUUAGGGAUGCUAGAAAUGAGAAUACUGAAGAAGAACUUAGGCAGGAAGAUAUAACUUGUGAUCAUGAGGAUUUUAGUGAUAAAGAUGAUAACUGUACACUGCUGGAGAAGGUUGCCAAGAAGGUAAGGAAGAAAAGAAAAAUUACAGGUAAUGUUAGUGACUCAUACCUCCCAUUUUCAAUUGGUCAAUUAAUACCAGAUAAAAAACAAUUGAAUGACAUGGUUAAGACAUAUGCUGUUAAGAGUAGAAGGCAGAUUUACAUAUUAAAAAAUGAUAAGUUGAGGUUCAGAGUUAUUUGUCUUGGGACUAAUCCUACUUUGGGUUCUACUGAGGGGCAGAAUAGUAAAUUUAGAGGGGUAGGGUUAAAACAAGAUAAAAGGCACUUGAAGCCCACUUGUCCUUGGGCGGUUCAGAUCUCCAGGAGAACUGAAAAGGAAUCUUGGUGUGUGAAAACCAUUACCUCACAACAUCAUUGCCUCCAAACAAGAGAAGUGGGCCUGUACACCAUGUCUCAGAUAGCUAAGGAGAUCCAACCCAUGAUCGAGUCAAACCCUGACAUGCCUUUGCCAGCCAUACAGGAUAUGCUUGUGAAGAACCAUCAGUUGAAUGUUUCAAUCCAGAAAGUGUUUAGGGCAAGGGCCAGGGUGGGGAGAAUGUGGAGAAUGUUGUACAUGCACCAAGUGAGAAUGUGGAGAAUGUUGUACAAGCACCAAGUGAGAAUCAAGUUGCAGGUGGAGAAAACAAAACCAGGAAGAAGUGUGGCAAGUGUGGAAGCCUGGGUCACAACAGUAGGACUUGCAAGGGCCUGGGAGGGGAGAAUGUUCAAGAAUCUCAAUCUGUAUCACAAGAUUAUGCAAUUUAUGUAUGCAGUUGAUGUUCAACUGCAGUUUGUGUAG